GCAAUCACCAUUCACACAAUUCUGGUCAUAUAUCCCAAAUCUUACACGAGCAAAUGCUGAUACGGUCGUGAAGGUCACACAUCCCUUGACAUUGCCAUGGCAUGUCACGGCUUAACAUUUGAGCGUUCUCCGCCCUCGAUAUUGAAUCCAACGACUCCGCUUCUUAGGCCCGCACGCACCUAAAGAAGUGUCCGUUUCACCCCGUUGCAGGGUAACAGUACCGCGCGCCCGCGGCGCCGCCUCCGUUCCCCGCGCUCGGCUCGAUCGCCUGCGUCCGGCCGGGACGCCGCUGUGGUGGCCCCAAUCCCGCUCCUCGCGCGAGCGCCAAUUGACGGAGACGCCAGGUCGCCGCCGAGGGAGGCCGUCGGUCCCGUCGUCCCGGCGCGAUUGGGGAGGAGGCGGCCGCCGCAGGAGCCCGCCGCGGGAGAGCGCUGGGCCGCGCAGCACCGGGAGGACGACGAGGAAGGCCGCGGCGCACGCGCGUUCCACGAGCGAGCCGUGCCACCCGGCGCUCGCGCGCCUCGAGGACACCUUGUGGCGUGCGCGCGCUUUGGGCAUGGUCCUGCUGCUACAGCGAAGUGGCGGGCAGCUCCUCAUCCUCCGGCUACGGCCUCGCGCUUCUGGAGGCCGUCCUCGCGGCGCUCGGCGAGACGCUCGCCACGCCCACGCCAUGGGCCGCGGCGCCCUUCGCGAUGCCGGUGACCAGGCGCUCGACGCCGCAUACGGCACGUUCAGCGCCGCGAUGCUCGCGGUGAGGCAGAGCAUGGCGGACGCGCUGGCGGGCACCCGGCGCGGCGGUGGCCGCGUCGCACGCGCGCGCAGGCGGACCGAGAAGGAGCUGCACCACCUCAUCGCCGCGAUGCAGCAUGCCUCGAGGCACGUGGUGGCGGUGACGGGCUCCGCAGACGCCGCGGGCGACGAAGUGGUCGGCGUCAUAAUGGAGGCGACCGUGACCGUGGCCUCGCGCGGCAGCCGCGAUUCAGUCCGGUGGCCAGCCACCAGGUAGGCGAGCGGGCACCGCGCAAGGCAGGACCGGGCGAGCGCUGCGCGAGGAAGCCGAUCAGCAGUAUCCGUGGCGCCAUCCCCCGCGGCGUCCCAGGCGGAGUCCCGCGGCGGCGGCCCCGCCAGCCUCCCGCGGCGACGGCCCUGGCGGAAUCCCGCGCCACCAGCAUCCCCGACCUCCCACGGCAAUGGUUCCCCUCCCAACGCCACGGCGGCGGUUAUGGGGGGAAGAGGAGCGACGCGCUCGGGAUGGAUUCGGCGACGAGCGGCGCGCUUGGGCGGUUGUAAACGGGAGGAAAACGGAGUCCGCGGGUCAAAACGGAGGUCUAGGGGUGGGCCGGCACAGUAGAUCGUUGGAUUCGUUUUUAAGGCUCUAGAUCGCUCAAAUGUUACACCGUGACAUGUCAUUCCAAUGUCAUGGAAUCUGAGUCUUUCUUCGAGAUGGUCGGACGGAGAGGCCUCUCGAUCUGAGUUCUCCACUCUGGUGGUACGACCACUGGGCCGAAUCAGG